AUGUCAUCGGAUGAUUUACAAGCAUACAGAAUAUGCGUGGUGGGCAGUGGAGGUGUGGGCAAGAGUUGCGUGACUCUGCGCUUGCUUAAAAAUAAAUUCGCAGAGUACUAUGAUCCUACGAUAGAAGAGAGCUAUAAAAAAACCAUGACCAUAGAUUCCAUCGGAUACAACUUAGAAAUCGUAGAUACUGCGGGUCAGGAAGAGUUUGCUUCUUUCCGAGAUAGUUCGCUGGAUUAUGGCGACGGGUUCGUUCUUGUAUAUAGUAUCAUAUCGAGCUCAAGUUGGGAAGAGCUAAAGGUAAGAAUUAAACAAUAA